AUGUUAGGAACUAGAUAUAUGGUCAUAACCAAACGAAUCUCAACAUUACAGUUAUUUAAAUCCCCAAUACUUAAUGGGACAGUCAUUGGUACUUUACGUUAUAAUUCUACCAAAUCAACCACCACCACAAACUCUGGUAAUACUGGUACUAAUUCAUCAAGACUAAAACCAUCGUCAUUUGCUUUCCCAUCGGCACAACCACCAUCCACAAUUCCUUCAACUAACGAUUCCACAACAACAUUACAACAAGAAGAUAUUAAUGAUUUCAAAGCCACUAAUUUAAUUCAUGGACAAACUAAUUUAUCAUUUGCCAUAACUGAAAGAGCUAGUAAGAAAUUAAAUGAAAUUUCUCAACAAGAUAAUGAAGAUUCUGGAUUAAUAAUCCAAGUAGAAAGUGGAGGAUGUCAUGGAUUUCAAUAUAAUUUGAAAUUAACCAAUAUUGAUAAAGAAUUACAAGAAGUAGAGAAUAAUGAUGAUUUGAUGGUAUUUGAAAGAGAUCAAGGGAAAGUAAUUAUGAAUGAAUCAUCAUUAAUGAUUUUACAAGAUUCAAAAUUGGAUUAUACAAAAGAAUUGAUUGGUAGUCAAUUUAAAAUUGUUGAUAGUCCUUAUACUAGUUCUGCUUGUGGUUGUGGAAGUUCAUUUGAUUUUGAUUUUGAUAAAUUACUGCAAAAGGAAGGAUAA